AUGGAGGUUGCUGAUCUUAAUGGUCAUGGUGCAAAGGAACCUACUUUGCAGGUGGUUGAUACAAUCCAAAGAUGGCUCCGUCCCCCCCAAGCAACUUUUAAACUAAAUGUGGAUGCGACCUGGGGCAAGAAGACUUUAAUUGCUGGUUUAGGGGCUGUCAUUCGUGAUGAGCAUGGUAAUUUCAUAAGGGGAGCUGGAAAGGUUAGGUUGCCCUCUUCUCCUAUUGAAGCUGAAGCCCAUGCAGCCUUAUAUGGUCUGAUGGUGGCCUCAGAUUUGGGUAAUGUUCAUCUAGAGUGUGAAUCUGAUUCAAAGGAGCUGAUACAAAGCGUUAAAGGAAAUAUUCAGAAAGGUAGAUGGACCAUCUACCCAACUCUUGCUGCUUUAAAGGAGAAGUGUAGAAUUUUUGGCUCUUGCUCCUGGAAGUGGAUCCCAAGGAAAGCAAACAAAGCAACAGAUGCUGCAGCUGUUGAAGCAAAGAGGAAGAUGUGCGAUGAGGUUAGUGUCGGUCCUGAAUUUUUCAAGGCCCAAGGCAAAAGUAAAAAUUAG